GGUCAGAUGCUUGGUGCCGGCACGGCAGAUGAAAUCGACCAAACAGAAUGCGUGAUCCGUAUGAACAACGCCCCCACCAGAGGUUUCGAGGAGGACGUCGGGAGCCGCACCGACGUCCGGGUCGUGUCUCACACCUCUGUUCCCCUGCUGGUUAAAAACGAGCGGUAUUAUUUCAAACAAUCUGCAAACACGACGUACGUGAUUUGGGGCCCCGAGAAGAAUAUGAAGCAAGACGGAAAAGGAGUUACUUUCAAUGCGCUCCUGAAGCUGGCCACCAAGUAUCUGAAAGCAAAAAUUUAUAUGGUGACCCGAGACAAGAUUCAGUACUGUGACAACGUGUUUCAGAAUGAAACAGGACUAAACAGGAUGAAAACGGGUGCCUUUCUCAGCACUGGAUUUUUCAGUAUGAUCCUCGCUAUGGACAUGUGUGACAGCAUCAGUGUUUAUGGAAUGAUUGAUGAUAACUACUGCAACCGAGCACAUCACAGAGUAGUUCCUUACCAUUACUACGAGCAGAAGAAGAUCAGUGAAUGCAAGAUGUACACGUUCCACCAGAACAAAAAGCUCGCAGGACACCGCUACAUCACUGAGAAGGCUAUCUAUGCCAAAUGGGCAACACGCCACAAGAUACAGUUUAAACAUCCUGCAUGGAGGCUCUGAGGAAUGGCAUCUUAUAUACUAAAUAUCCUGUCAACAGGUGAUGGUGUUACAAAAGCAGGUGGAAGUUACUGUACUCAAGCUUUAUGUUCUUGUUUCAACCAAACAGUUUUUACUUUUUAUUAUUUUUAUGUGAUGAAGGGCAUUUAACUGGCAGCGUUCAGUGUCUGUCAUUGAUUAUUUAGGUUGUGUUUACCCAUAUUUAAAUGGAUUCCAGUAAAGCCCAACAAAGCACAAAACUGAAACAGUUUAUGUCACAGUUGGCUACCAAUCAUUCAUUCAUUUCCAUCUUGUGUCUAAAUUUUAAGACCUAUUCUGCCCAUUUUUUUUUUACCUGUUUAUUCUUUAGACAAAUACAACAUGUACUUUUAAAGACAUGAACCUGCAAUUGUAAAUAACAUUUCUGUACAAUGUUAGAUAGAAUAUAUUAGGUAUAAAUAUUCAAGACAUCAAUGUUACAAAUAUGCAAUUUAAAAGGCUUGAUUAUGUUCGUUGGCUUACGUCGUGUUCAUACCAAUAAAUCUGUUUCACAUUCUGCCAAAUACCAACCAGAAAAGUAACAUACAAAACAUACAAAAUGAGGUAUGUAGAGAAAAAAUAUUAAUACAGCCUCAGGGGUCUUUCAGAUUAAGUGUCUAUGCUGGCAGGUCAUGUGACACAUAGACUGAACAUAGGUGGACUUCCUUUCCAUAAAUAUGUGACUUUUAAGGUAAUUGUUUGCACCAUAACUUUUUAAAGACUUCAUAGCAAAAGGGGUUGAUUUAUUUUUUUCUCAUUUCACUUUGCCAUCUUAAACAGUUUCAUAAAAUAGAAUUAAAGUUCAUAGUAAGUAAAAGUUAAAUUGCAGGUUGAAAUUGUUUUGAAAUGAAAAACAGGCUGAAAUCUUACUUUAUUGAUGUGCAAAUCUAGUAGAGACAUAUCCUAAAAGACUUGCCUGGCUCAAUCCUUGGACUCCGAGUUGAGCAAAAAUCCUAAACACACUUUCAGAUUUCUAUAUGUAAAAAAAGGAAUUUGAAACCCCACAUAUGCUUUUUAAUUCCAUUUUUAUCUAUUCACCGCAUUGAGUUGGUCUGUCACUUAAAAUACUAAUAAAAUACACUGUCAUUAGAAGUUGUAAGGUAACAAAAUGGGCCUCAAAAGUUUUACAGAAUACGACUAGUGAAAAUGAAAGCUUCCAUAAACUAGCGUUUAUGUAAAAUAUUUUCUGUCUAUUGCUUGCCUUUUUUAAUGUCUCUGUGGUUAAUUUUUUUCUUACUAAAAAACAACAACAUAAAAGAAUAGAUGCUCAAACAGAUUAUUUUGUAAAGUUGGAUGCAUUGAAAGGAAUUUUCUUUUUUUGUUUGAGGUAUUUUGCUCUGAUUGUAUCUAUUUAUCUAAAUGCCUGGUUGCAGCCUGUAAAUGCAAUAGACAUGCCUGUUACUGAAGCCUUUGAUGAUGCUGGAUGACAUGUUGAAUGUGUGCAACAGAGUGGGCAAGGUUGCAAUGUUUCUGAUCGUUUUAUGAGUAAGCGAACUGUAAUGAAUGGUAGGUGUAAUUUCCCACACUUGUUGGUCUUUGAAUGCACCAUACGGGUUCCGAUAAACUGGUUCGGCUGGGGAUUUUGAAAAAUAAACAACCCCUUCUUGUUCAUCGAGCUGA